AUGACGUGCUUUGCUUGCAAUACCAUUAUUGUACUAAUUAAAGAAAUUUACUCGAGGGAGGGGAAAAGGCUGGGGAAAACAAGCUGGAAGAGUGUUUCCCAAAGCGUAUUCUUCAGAACCAGCACCUACUGUGUUCUCAACACCAUGCCUCCUAUAGAAGAGGAUCGUGGGAACAGCAAUAGUAGUUAUGUAAAAAUCUUUUUACUGAAAAAGCUGCUUGACUGUCUGCUGAAAUGUUCAAGUUUCCCCAAAGAGAGGCACCGUUGGAACACUAAUAAGAGAUCAUGAUGCAGCUGUCCUUUUGGAUUUCUUUUUAAUAAUGUGUGACCCUUCACCUUUGAUCCCCUGACCUGCAUUA